GAGAGAGGGAGGAAGAAUGGAACACAAGUAGAGAGGUUCAAGAAUAGCGAGAGGCUGUUUGAGAUAUAUGUAAAGUUAGCCCGAUGUGUAGUUGAAAACUGUCGGGCAUCGGGAAGAAAAGGGCUCCCAUGCCUACCUCGGACCGUUUUUACCUUGGGUCAGAAGAUUGACGAAUCACGGCCAAUCUCGUUGGGGUUGCCCUCAUGUGAUUGAGGCAGUAUCUGUGUGUCGGGUCGUUCCCGUGUGAAGUCUGGCGCCGGUGCACCAUGUAGGGAUAGCCCCACGCCCCCUCACACCCCUACGGUUGUCUACCCACACCCUUCGACAUUUGGACCAUUGGCUGAUCCAUCUUGCUUUCACACACCUUGAUCUCGCUCAUAUUGGACACGCCCCACGACCGUCGACCGCUUCACGCUCCAGUUUUGACCAUUCCUCGUUUGUCGCCAACCAAGCAGCCAGCAUUCUUCACCUCCACAUCAAAAUAACAAAUCCAUCCCCGUCCCUUAUUGUGCUUCAUGUUCGGAUUGGCUCGUGAGUCUGUGCCCUAAUCCUCUGCCCGUGCCCGUGAUUUGGCCGCCGCAGGAUGAUGAAUAAUAGCCACGCUCGCGAGGAUUACCCCAUGGAGGCGUCGGCUUCGCCGAUUCCGAUGGGCGCUCACCCUCAUCACGCGUCGUUGCAUCGCUCGCAUUCGCCCAUGGCUGUGAAUCCCGCCGAUUCCAAUUCCAGGCCCAACUCAACCCCGGCCACGCCCCAAAGUACCUCAUCCACGCCGCAUUUGCCUCCGUCAGUGUCGCUGGUCCCGCCUUCUUCCCUGGGCAGUAGCAACGGCGGACGAGAACCGCCUUACUCGAGCUUAGCCGAUUCAGUUCCUAAUAGCAAUCAUCAUCCUCAUGCACUCCAUCAUCAGUCGCCGCUGCAUGCCCAUCAUCUACAUCACACGGACAUCAAAUCCGAGAGUGACGAUACCAUUGAAGAGCUCCUCCUGAAAUGGGACGACCACCAUCGGAGCUUUUUCGAAGGGGCCGAAGACCUGUGUCAUAAUGAGCAUUUGGUGGACGUGACCUUGUCGUGCGGCGAGCAUAGCUUUCCCGCCCACAAGCUCGUCCUGUCUGUGUGUUCGCCUUACUUCCGUAGCCUGUUCCUUCGUAAUCCGUGCAAGCACCCCAUCGUGGUGUUGAAAGAUGUCAGCUACCGGUACAUGAAACUCCUACUCAUGUACAUGUACCGAGGAGAGGUAUCCUGUCCGCAGGAAGAUCUGCAAGGCCUUCUCCGCACGGCUCGCAGCCUUCAGAUCCGAGGACUGGUCGAGCUCGAACGUCGACGGGAAGCAGAAGGCCUCACGAGUGUGGACGGCUCCCCCAUCAAGCGAGCUCCAUCCGACAUUCACGAUGGGGCUUCCACUACGAGCUGUGACGUCGAAUCUCGAGAAGGCAACGACUUCAACAUUGACGAUGUUCGAUCUCGGCUUCACGGUCAGCUCGAAAUCCAACCCAUCUCUCAGCCCUCGAGCUCGUCUUAUUCCCAUGGAACGCGAGAACGAGAGGGCAAUGGCCUGGGUCCGGCUCAUUCAUCCUCUUGGUUGGACAGUGCCCGACAUUCGGACAAUCUCACGAGCAAAAUUGCCGCCGCGGCGUCUUCGUCCAACGAGAUGGUCCCCGCGGAUCACGGGCCGGGCGACCUCCGAAUUAAAGACCUGGACCGUCUGAGCUAUAACGGCAAUGGCAAUAAUGGCACAGACUUGAGCACGCAUCAUCGACGAUCUCCUAUGAACCCACCCCCUCGAAAUCGAUCCAGACCAAAUUCAACGGCGGCUGCCGCCGCGGCCGCAGCCAGCAAUGCGGCUCUUUUGGCUGCCGCUCAAGCCGCUGGCAUGCCCUCUUCAGCAUUGGAUCCAAGCGAUCCAAUGAGUUCCAUGAAUGCUCUUUUGGCUGCUGCUCAGGCUCAUGGAACCUCUGGCCUUCCGGCUUCCACCCUGGCAUCUCUCUUACCCUCCUCCUCCACCAAUGUCUCUUCCCCCUCAUCGUCUUCAGUGGCCGCCUCUUCAGCGCCACCUGUGUCCGUGUCUACGGCUCUUUCGACUGGUAGAUCCACCGGAACCAAUGGCCAGAGUAAUCCCACCAACAGUGCAAGUGGCGGUGCCUCCGGGGGAGUUGACAUCAGUCAGGCUGCUGCCGUCGCCAACCUUCAGCUUUACUACUACAUGCAAAAAGUGGCUUCAGCCGGCAUGGGAAAUCCCAAAGAGCGCAAAGAGUGUCCUAUCUGUGGCAAAACCUUGUACGAUCGGUCCACGUGGAACAGGCAUAUGAGAAUUCACACAGGUGAAAAACCAUAUCCGUGUCGAUUCUGUGGUCGUCGUUUUCGGACAAACUACAACAAAAUCGGCCACGAGAAGAAAUGUCCGGAUCGUCAUGCGCGGGCUCUUCUCAAUCAGCAGCAAAACACGACCAAUGGUCCUGCUCAGCAAGAAAACGCCAUCUAUCGCUAGUGGUCAAGUGCCAAAUGGUUCAAGAAGCCUCGUACAAAAAGUGUCUGAUGCACGAUUUUUUCUCAAUCUAAUCAAGCCAAAAUCAAAACGAAGUGGUCAAGCAAUAAGGAUACACACAAGAGAGCGAGACUUCAGACAAAGCCAAUGCUGUGCCUGACCAACUACAAGAAAAACUAAGCAACCAUAACCCCGCCCCCGCCCCACAACUGUUUCAUUACGUUCGAUCUCCCCACUUUCUUUUUGCCUCCUUUUCCGCCUCCUUCCAAUUGUAAUUACAACUAUGUCAAUGAAACGUAUUACGACCAACAAAGUCUCUUGGGGGUCAACACAUUUUCGGCUUACAUUUGAUCUCGCCCGAGCAACCACUGAUCUCUCUCCCUGUUAUCCCCUUCACUCCCCCCCUGAGCCCUCCGAGCCCCCCGAGCCCCACCACAACACUGAUUGCCCCCUCCUAGAAUCCGUUCAGAACAUUGUUCAGAUGAAAACUAAUGCAAAUUGUCUGUUUCGUUAUUAUUUGACGUACUAGUAUGUGCCAUCAUGAUUUAUUUAUCAUUCUCCCCCUUCUCGUUGCUUGCCCUUCGUUUCCUCGCAUUUCUGGGUCACCCAACCAAUGAUUCAUGUGCAUUGCACAAGUUCAGCGCCACGAAAGAAACCUUCAGCAACAAUGCAAUUGGCCCAAAAACUGCAUUUCUUUUUUCUUCUCCUCCUCCUCCCAACACCACCGAACGCAUUCGCUUCCUACUCUUUACAUUUCAAUUCAUUCAGUUGUACUAGUACUCUUUCUACUCCCUGUAGGUCACUGGUUAGCCAC